AUGGGACCCAUCGAACUGAACAAGAGGCGCAUAUUCCUGCUGGCAGCCGCUAUCUUUACGUUUACGAUUCUAUUCACUGGCUUGCCCCCUUCGAACACUGUACGACAGGGCGUUGACAGUAUACCAGGCAUACCUCAUAGUCCGCCGUCAUACUCAGGCAUAGAUCCUGAUGAGGCAUGGGACUACCCAGACCCAGAGCCGAAGCCUGUGAAGCCACCAGCAAACCCUUACAAGCCUCCGAAGAGGCCCGAAUAUCAUGACGAGCCCGAGUAUUACACUAAAACCACGUCCUCCAAGUCUGCACCGGUGCCGACUGAAACGCUGCUGGAAGACGAGCAUCCGAUCACCAAGUUGAUGCAGCAGGCAGAUCUCGACUUCCGGUUAUACGAGGGAGGCUCGUCGCAAACCUUUCGUCAGACAAUCGAGAAGUACCGCAGCAAAUAUGGCAGACAUCCACCCCCGGGCUUCAAGGAGUGGUACAAGUUUGCGAGGAAGCGCAAUGUGGUCAACAUUGACGACUUCGAGCACAUCAUGGACGACUUGCGUCCAUUCUGGACUGUGAAGCCUUCCGACAUCCGCACCUAUGCGGCGCAUAUGUGGGAGGUCGAUGGCGAUGGGCUCGCCGGUAUUCACAUUCGAGACCACAAGGUUGCAAAGGUCAAUGCUGGAUCGUGGCGCUCAGAGACGUUUCAGCAGAUGGUGGAGACAUUCAUCGAGCAUAUUCCGGACAUGGACAUCGCCAUGAACCGUUUGGAUCAGCCUCGAGUCGUCGUCCCGUACGAAGAUCUACAGAAAAUGCUGAGCGAAGAAGAGGCCUCUCGGGUUAUGCAUCCCGAAGCCAUGGACAGUUUCACUGAGUCCCAGUCCGCCCUGCUUGACAUAAGUAUCAACGACCCGAAGCUGGACAACUCGACACGCCUCGAUGCUGGCUGGUUCGGCCAUGCCGGCAGACAGUAUAUGGAGGUUGCAUCUAAGGCUUGUCCGCCGGAUUCACCCGCGAGACGGAACUAUUCAGCCGCCGAAGCAGAUGCCCUGUACAAGGAGCCAACGGCUGGCAUCGUUACCAACUUCAACCUCUCAUCUGACUUGUGCACUGUAGGUCCUACCAUCAAGGACCUUCAUGGACUGCUGUUUUCGGCGUCAAGCAUGAGUCCAAGUCACAAGCUUGUCCCAGUCUUCGGCGAAUGCAAAGUCAACAUCAACAACGACAUCAUGUUUCCUGCCAACAUGUACUAUCGCCACGACUCUCGCUAUGACUACGAUGCGUCAGGCGAUGUGGACUGGCGCGACAAGACCGACACCCUGAUAUGGCGUGGCGUAACAUCUGGAGGCGUUCAAGUUGAAGAUAAUUGGAACAGAAUGCACCGUCAGCGGCUUGUCCAACUGAGCAAUGGCACAUGGACCACUCUCAACCAGAAAACCUUCCCAGUUCUCACUACCAACAAGGACUCUUCGUCCACGUCGCACUCUUCGAAAGACAUCGCUUACAAGCCAGUGUCAGACUUCGAUGCCUCUGCUUUCGCUGAAGAGCACAAUGAUGUUGGGUUUGUUGAAUCGUGGGGCUGUGUACCCAACUGCGACUUCUAUCAUGACGUCUUUUCAUGGAAGAACCAGACCACGCUCACCUCCCAGUUUGCCGCACGCUAUCUCAUAGACGUUGACGGUCACAGCUUUUCAGGUCGUUGGCACGCCUUCCUCCAAUCUAAAUCUCUUGGCCUGAAAGCCACUAUCUUCCGCGAAUGGCACGACAGCCGUCUCUUCCAAUGGCGCCACUUUGUGCCACUAGACAACCGCUACGAGGAGCUUUACGCGGUGAUGAUGUAUUUCAUCGGCUACGACAGCAAGGCGUCUUCGAAACAUGAAACGCACUCAAUCCGCGACAUCACUCAUGCAGAAGCCAAGGAUACACUCGACUCGGGCGCCGAGAUGAACGGCGUCAGACCCGCCGCCUCGACUUCGACUUCAGCUUUCACUUCUACCAACCCCGACAUCUACAUUCCCGCUCACCCGCGCGCCGCUCAAAAGAUUGCCCGCCAAUCCCGCGAAUGGGCCAAUCGCGUUCUCCGACGCGAAGACAUCGAAGUCUACAUGUUCCGCCUCCUUCUAGAGUAUGCCCGAAUCUGCGACGACAAUCGCGACAGAAUCGGCUACUCUGGUGACGGCAGUGAUAUGGAUGAUUUUGACAAUGGCGUGAGUGCCAAGUAUGGCUGGGGCGUGAAGCUGCCUGGUUUGAGUGGGCUGGGAGAAGGCAAAUGGCCUUGGAGUGCGAAGCAGGAAGAGGUGGAAGAGGGGAGGAAGUAUGAGGGUGGCGAGGCUGAUUGA